AUGAUAGGUCACACGAGCUUCGUUUUCCUUCUGACUUUGUCCGUGACUACGGUUUUGGCUGACCCUCUUCUGGCAUUUCCCGAAGAGGCAAGAAAUGGCGCCCGUAUCGUUUCUGGAUGGGAAGCCGAAGAGGGCCAGUUCCCGUUUCAGCUGUCCCUGAGAAUGGUGAACCGGGAGGGGGGAGUGACUGCAUGCGGCGGUUCCAUCAUUCAUGCCGAGUGGGCCAUCACAGCUGCUCAUUGUACUGCCACUCGCGUCUCAGUCGUGGUCCGCGCCGGCGCAGUCAACCUCACACGGCCGUACUACAUCUUUGAGACUACAGAAUAUUACAACCACCCUCUUUAUAUUGAAGCCCUUCAGGGUAUAGUCCAGCCGAACGAUAUUGGUGUCGUUAAGUUCAACAGAAGAAUUGAGUUUAAUGACAGAGUGCAGCCAAUCAGGCUUCACCGUUCGGAAGACAGGAACCGGAACUACGAUGGCGUCCGGCUGACUGCCAGCGGUUGGGGCCGAACCUGGACCAACGGAGCAUCCCCCGAGAACCUUAACUGGGUAUACCUGAGAGGUGUCACCAACGCGGCCUGCUUGGCAGCCUUCGGAGGCGGCUCCAUCAUCCAGCCUUCCACCAUCUGUGCCAGGGGAUAUAACGAUACUACGCAGUCUAUUUGUCAAGGUGACAGCGGUGGUCCUUUGACUGUGGUUGAUGAAGAUGGAGUGCUGUCUCUAGUUGGAGUCUCAUCCUUCGUCUCCGGAACAGGUUGCCACACGGACUUCCCAGCUGGUUUUAUUCGCCCGGGACAUUACCACGAUUGGUACUUAGAAGUCACGGGAAUCGACUUCGAUUGGGAAGAAUAUGAAGUGUCUACUACUACCACUACUACACCAUUGCCAGAUACAACCAUUUAUCCGGGUCCAAACACCACCUAUACUGUACCAGAUACUACCUUAUAUCCGGGACCAAACAAUACUACACCGGCACCAAACACCACCUAUACUGUACCAGAUACUACCUUAUAUCCGGGACCAAACAAUACUACACCGGCACCAAACACCACCUAUACUGUACCAGAUACUACCUUAUAUCCGGGACCAAACAAUACUACACCGGCACCAAACACCACCUAUACUGUACCAGAUACUACUUUAUAUCCGGGACCAAACAAUACUACACCGGCACCAAACACCACCUAUACUGUACCAGAUACUACCUUAUAUCCGGGACCAAACAGUACUACACCGGCACCAAAUACCACCUAUACUAUACCAGAUACUACUUUAUAUCCGGGACCAAACAAUACUACACCGGCACCAAACACCACGUAUACUGUACCAGAUACAACUUUAUAUCCGGGACCAAACAAUACUACACCGGCACCAAACACCACGUAUACUGUACCAGAUACUACUUUAUAUCCGGGACCAAACAAUACUACACCGGCACCAAACACCACGUAUACUGUACCAGAUACAACUUUAUAUCCGGGACCAAACGCAACAUACCCAGAAAUUGGUAGUACCGUAUACCCAGUACCAAAUACCACUUAUGCAGUACCAGAUACAACAAUAAUUGACUCAGUUCCGGAAACUAAAAUGAACGACGAUGAUGAAACAAUUCUGAAAUGGUUCAAAUCGAAAUUACUGUUUUUCUAAUAUAGAGAGAUAUACGAGGAAUAUUAUAAAGAAACACUUUCAAGGCACUAAUGAUCUAAAUACCUCUUUUUUUAUUAGUUGAUUUGUAUUAAAUAAAGUUUUUAUUUACCUACGUCAAA